CCCAGAAAGAGCCACACGUAGUAGAGCGUGACUCGUUCUGAAGAGGUAGCUAGGAAUAUAAAAAAAUACUUGCAUCAGUAUUAAUAUCACAAACUGCAUAGACUAGCAGGGAGAAGAUAGCUAUGACAUUCUACUUUUCUCACCGAAGUUGGUGUAAUCGUUGGCUGUUUAACACAACAGCAACUAGAAAACCUAUCUGUGUCCUAGUCGUUUCGUUUCUCAUUGGUGUUUUCAUCUUAAGCAUUUCUCUUAAUAUUUUACCCUCGUUACAAGGUCCAGUUAGGAAUUGUAUAAGCAAUUCUAAGACGUGCCCGUACAUGCGACAAUUUGAUGGAACUUCCGCAAAUGGACCAACCAAGUUUCCGCUCAUUAUGCCAAACGUUGAACCAAAUAUUUCAUGUGAAGACAGAAAACUUUUUAUUGCUGUUGUUGUGAACUCGGCAUCUGAUGGGCAACAUCAGCUUCGACGAAUGGCUAUCAGAAAGACUUGGGGAGGUUCUACUGAAAUACAACCUAGAUGGAGAGUGUUUUUCGCUUUGGGAAUCAGCAAAAAUACAGCCGUUGACAUUAAAAACCGACGAGAAUCACUGAAGUACAACGAUAUACUCAUUGGUGACUUUUUAGACACCUACAAGAACGUGGUGAUUAAGACUUUUAUGUCUCAUUACUGGGCGUACUUCAGAUUGAAUUGUCAAUAUAUUCUCAAGGCCGACGAUGACGUUUAUGUUCGAGUUCCAAGGCUGGUGGAAUGGUUGGUAGGUCCAGCUAAUUUACCAACGAGGUUUUAUGGAGGAUAUUUGCAACGAUCAUUGAAAGUUGUUCGCAAUCCAAAAAUGAAGUGGUAUCUUCCAAAGGAGGUUUAUAACGAAGCAAAUUUUCCUCCAUUUUUAAAGGGAUCAUUUCAAGUGGUCUCCACCGACAUGCUUCCUAGUUACUUCCACUAUACUCAGUUCAUCAGGAAACCUUUCUAUACAGAUGAUGCAUAUUUUGGUGUUAUGGCUAGAGACCUUGGUUUAUCUGCCAGACAAAUUCCAGGCUUUCUCUUCUAUCAUCCACAAACAGACGAAAAGCUCCUUGCUGCGAUUGCCUUUGGUCAUCAGGUUGAUGUUACUGGAAUGUUGAGGUACUACUCAAGAUACGAACUUCUACCCUAAAUUUUUGCCUGCUCUCUGGUUUUUUUCCCCUAUCAAUGUCAGUAACAGAUUUCAACUUUUAUGACAGUGACAUUUCCUGUCGCAUGUUUUUUUAUUUUUGUGUGAAUUUUGUAAGGAGAACCUUCGUUAGAGGCAUGCAAGAAAAUUUUAGUUAUCGACACGUGAUAACUGGGCUGAUAGUACGUGUAGAGGACCACUGUUGAUUGUUGAAUUUAGGCUGUUUUAUAAUCCUUUUCAUAACGUGUUUCCAAUUUUUACAAUUCUUUGCUCCAAGCAUGAAUAUAUUUGCUUUGAUGCUAAUCUUACCGUGGGAGGAGCAGAGCAUGUAGCUAUGGAACGCUUGCGCAUGCGUGCACUUCAUCACGUUUUCUAAGAAUUUUGAAGAGUUUGA